AUGAAAGUGAAAGCAUUGAGUAUCUUUAAAUCCAAGUUUCUCAAACCAUGCAAAAAACUUAUACUUUUCUUCAAACUCAAACCCAAGAAACGUGUAUUUAUAAGAGCUCUAAAAAAAUCUAACCCCCAAAAGCCCUCUACUCCAUCAAAACAAAUGUCUUCUUUGUUAUCAGUGUUCCGUUCCCCGAAGAAAUUGCAAAGCUUCAAGUCUCCUUCCAACGUGCAAGAAACACCGAUCUUUCCUUCACCGCUUACACCGGCUUGCAUAAGGACAAACAAAAGAGAAGGUUCCAAAAGUGAAGCUUCGAGCGAAGAAGUGGAAGAUGCGUGCAGGAGUUUCGAGAACUAUUUGGCAGAGAUGAUUGUUGAAGAAGGGAAGACUAAGGACUUGAUGGAUGUUGAAGAACUUCUAUAUUGCUGGAAGAAUCUCAAGUGUCCUGUCUUCAUUGAUUUAGUUUGUAGAUUUUAUGGUGAGCUUUGCAAAGACUUGUUUUCUCCAGAUAAUGAAGAAAGUUACAAGCUUAUGGAGUAA